UCAACCAUUCAACCACAACCCAAAAAGUAUGUACAUAGAGUCAUAGUCUCUCAGUUCUACUGCUACCAGAUCAUCACUAGCAGUGCAAUGGCUCUUCUUAAAUUGACCUCUAUCCUCGCCAUAUUAUUCCUGUCAACCACUGCACAGGAUUUUCUGCGAGCAGAUGAACACAGCGAGGAGAAAGUUUUUGCGCAUCCGUCUGAUAAGUUGAGACACGGUGUGGAAGGCGACCUGGGCAUCGAGAACCAGCUACAACAAGAAGAGCACAUCGUACUCAAAAUAGACGCAGUUGUGCACCUUCACCGUUAUGCAGACAAGAACGAGGAUCACCCUAUCCCUGUCACGAAGCAUCCAGAACAGGAAGAAGUCGUGGAGGAGAUGGAAGCGGACGAGGAGGAAGGGAACAGUGAUAAUGGAGAAGUAGAGGUGAAGGAAACGAUAGCAGAAGGACGAGCGAUUGAUGGAUACGAGGAGACAGGACAGAAAGUGGGUGAGGUUGGAGUAAAGAAGCUUGAAGAAACGAAAGUACUAGAUGAUGGGACGGAUGACACAAGGUAUGCUGAAGAAGACGUAGCAGAAGAGGAAGCGAAAGUUAAAUGGACAGUAACAGAGAAGACGUCGGAAUCUGAAAUAGAGGUCAGCUUAAGUAACGCCUUAAGGAUGCCUACAGAAGGUCAAUAUCUGGUACUCGACAGAGACGGAAGAAUAAGACAUUACCUUUAUCCUCAAAUGAAGAAGUAUAUGCAACGUAGUAAAUAUGACCCCAAGCGUGAAAGACACGAAACGACGGAAGAGAAAGAGAACACCGAUGACAGAAAGGGAAACGGAGAAGACGAAGGAGGACGAAAGGAGGAAGAAUAUACAAUUGAUGAAAGAGAGGCGAAAGAAGAAAUGGAAACUGCAGACGACGAGUUUGUAGAACAUGAUAUAAGAGAUGAAACGAAUGGGUAUGUUAAGAAGGAAGAAGAUAGUACAAUUGAAGAAACAGAGACAAAAGAGGGAAUGGAAACCGAAGACGACGGGUUAGGCAAGCAUAAGCUAAAAGAAGAAACGAAUGAAAGUGUAAAGAAUGUGUUAGUCUCGAAGGGAAAAUGCAAGUGUAACGUUCAAGUUAUAGUUGAAGAACUCUGAUUGAUAAUGCCAAUAAAUCGGAAACUAAGUAUGUUGGUACUUUUGGUGCAAUUCUGUGAUACGUGGGAUAAUCAUUUGCAGCAGAUUAAAAAAAUCAAACGUCUCGGUACUUACACCAGUAAUAAAGUUAUGAUACUUGGGGAUCUGUUUCAUAUUUCGACUGCAGCCCCGAGUGUCAAACUACACACUAUGUGUUAAAAUGCAACUCUUAUAAGGCAAACCUCUUGCUUUAUUGCUAUAAGCUGAUUCUUUGUUGUACGGAACGAAUGUAUUCCUUGAAAUUCGUUGGUAAGGCAAACAUUCCUUUAAAGAAACGUGUUUCCAAAUUAGUUCAGUGACAUAUAUCGCAAAUAUUGUCUUUAAAUCUUACUGUAUUCUUAAGUAACACACAUAUUUAUAAAAUAAAAACACGGGAACAAAGUCCACGAUAAAAUAAUAAUUUGCCUGCCAAGAAAUAUCUCCUUGUUUAUGCAAAGCCAAAUUUUGUUACUGUUAAAAAAAGGGUCACGCAUGGACACUGUCCUGAACCAAUCUCAAUCAAGUCCACGCCUCAACGCAUUACUUCUACGAGAUUCAAAAUUUACGUACGAUAUUUGCCCAAUGUCUUCAAAACCAAACUUAUUUUUUGCUGCAGGGGCCUGUCUAACUAGCAUACACAGACCCAGUAACAAAUCAAAUUUACAUUCACAAAUAACUUGAAAAUAGAUUUAAUUCGGGGUAUAUAGAUGCUUCCAUUGGGCUAUGAAACUUUUCUGUUUCCACCAAAAAUCUAUGUUGCAACUAAGAAAGAGGGACCUAUAAUUUUACCUCUUUCGUAUGCGAGGGGAAACUGGGUCCCACCGUAAGGAAUAAAAUGUUUGAUAAUGGCUCCCUAAAAACCAAAUAGUUCCAGGGUGUUCGAGAACAGGAGGACAGUAACUGGUAAUAAUUGAGCACGUGAUAAGAACGUGCACAAAACUACUCAAUAAGAAGCAUCAAUUUGUAUUUGUCACCUAAAGUUAUCAAGAAUAUUAAAUUAGAAAUUAAUCUUAGCGGAGCAUGGAAAAGAAAAGAAAUUAAAACAGAAGUUUAGUAGGAAAAUCUGAAGAGAAGAAACAUCUACAUUGUCUGAGUGUAGAUGGAACAGGAUGUAAUAGACAGAAGAAACAUGCAACGGACUUUCGGGUUCCUUAUAAGGCGGGUAAUUUGUCGACUAGAUAAACGACUAUUAACUUCUGAACAGAGCUAUGCAACAUGCCACACAAGGGUAACAAAUACAAUUUCAUAUUACUUAAUGGGAUCAUGAACAAUAAUGUAAUUAAUGGAUUCUUUCAUUCUAGAUGUAAUGUCACUGUUGGUUAUUGUAUAAAGCCACAGUAACCUUUCUCAAGCUUGGAAUUACUAAUAAACCUUAUAUCUCAUCAACAUGGCUGAAGGGGCAUGAAACAUUUUCCUUCUGGAGAAUAUUCUAAUUCGCUUUCAUCGGAAACUUCUGGAUGAGGCUGUAUUUGUUAAUCAUGUUUUCGAAAAUGUAUAAUAUUUUAAUAACGUUUGAUACAAAUAAAUGUGUUAAGAGUU